AGCAUCUUGAGGCAUGUACUAUUUUUUUGUUUUUUUUUGUUUUUUUUAGCAAAUACCAGGAUGUUUACUAUUUGCUUAAUAUGCAAUAGUUUUCGACAAGUUCAAAGUUGACUAUCCGGUCCUGCGAAAGUCUUGCGAUGUGAUUUAUAGCUGGAAUUGAGUAGAUUUGGUCGGGCGAUAGCAAACCACUCCCCCUUCUCAACCCACUUGUAGUCAACAAGCGAUAGCUGCUUUUUGAAGGGCGAAAAGGGCUUGUUUUGGUUCUGCAAGAUUUCGCUUGGAAUUUUUCUUGUGUUUUAUUACCACGAAUGCUUUCGCGUCCUUGUGUGUUAAGUGCUAACUUUGAUUUGGUCCAGCCCUAAGUGCCAUUGAUUGUUUCUGAGAAAAAUACAUUUUAGUUAUAGUAAGAUACUGUAUGGUUUCAGAUAACAAUGCAUUGGGUCAUUUCAUGUUUUAUUGUUUGGGUUUUUGCCAUCUAUGUAUGGCCCAAGUUUACUACAAUUUUUUUUGUGUUGUUAUAAGUAGACAAACUAAAUUAGCUGCUGUUAGGUGCCUCAAUUACAAACUCAUCUGAACAUUUAAAAUGUGAACUAGGCCAAUGACACAAAAGCCUGGUUGGUUAGGCAUGAAGGCAGAGGGUGCUAAGAAUCACUGGGUUACGAUUUUAGGCUGCCACAGAUCAUUGACCCUGGCUACGUACAACUGCAGAUUUCUUUCAGGUGAAGCAAGACUUCAAGAGUUGGAAGAAGAACUUGGAAGAAUCAAGUGGGACAUCAUGGGACUUAGCGAAGUACAGCAAAAAGACGAAGGACUACUAGAACUCAAGAGUGGACGUGUUCUACCGAGGCACUACAGACGGACAAACAGGAGGAGUUGGAUUCAUUGUCCACAAGAGAAUCAAAGAUAACAUAGCAGAGAUUGACAGCGCAUCAGAGAGGUCUGCAAGACUGAUAGUGAAAGUUUCAAAGAAGUAUGAACUUCAGGUCAUCCAAGUAUAUGCACCAACAACAAGCUAUUCAGAUGAAGAAGUCAAAGAUUUUUAUGAAGUACAAGAACUGCAUGAAAAAGGGAAGAGCCACUAUAAGUUCAUCAUUGGUAUCUUCAACGGCAAAAUAGGAAUCCAGCAAGAGGACGAAAAGUCGGUCUGCAAAUUUGGCCACGGCGACAGUGGCGACAGACUAGUCAAAUUUGCAGAGAACAAGAACUUAUUAAUCAUGAACACCUUCUUCCAGAAGAAACCCAUCAGGAAAUGGACAUGGAGGGGACCUAACGGAGUGAAGAAUGAAAUUGACUACAUACUCACUAAUAAGAAGCACACCGUACAAGAUGUCUCAGUACUAAACAAUUUUAACACAGGAAGUGAGCACAGAUGUGUAAAAUGCAAAAUACACCUAAACACAGCACUGGAGAAAGCAAAACUCGUGAUGACGAAAUCCACCACAAUCAACGUAGAAAUGCUCCAGAAGCAAAGCCUGGUGUUUCAACUGGAACUGAGGAAUAGAUUCAGCGCUCUUCAAGAUCUGCAAAAAGAUGAAGCAAUCGAGGUAACAGAAACUGUGAAGAAGUGACACAAAAUUACAGAAACAGCAAAAAACAUUGCUGGAACACAGGGUACACCAGAAGAUCACACAAGUGACAAAAGACCUCAUGAAGAAAGGAAGGGAAAUGAAACAAACUGCAUCUCUGACGUCAAAGAUAGAUUACAUUGAGUUCUGCAAGACAGUAAGUAAGCGCAUUACUGAGGAUAUACGGUUGUUCAGCUGUAGGUUGGUAGAGAAAACUAUUGAAAACAACCGAAGCAUGAAGAAAGCAAAACAAAGACUAAUUGUCUGGAAAAAACAGAUUUUAGCAAUCAAACAAGAGGACAGGACUGCCAUCAGAACUGCAAAUUGAUUUUGAAGAGAGUCGAAGACUUUUAUAGAAAAUGAUAUCAAGAGGAAAAUAGCAAUGUAGCAGAUGAUGAAGACGAGACAGAAAAACGCAACCUGAGGAAGAAGUUCCAGGCAUUCUACCGGAAGAAGUGAAACAUGCUGUCAAACAUAUGAAGACAGGAAAGACACCCGGAGAAGACAGCAUAACGAUUGACAUUGGGGGUACUUCGGUGAUACUUUUACAUAAGAAAGGAGAUAAAGAAGACCUCAAGAACUACAGACCUAUUAGCUUGCUUCCUAUAAUAUACAACAUGUUUACCAAGAUACUCACCAACAGACUUCAAGAUAAAAUCAGGAAGCAGGAUUCAGGAGUGGAUUUAGCACAAUGGAUCAUCUUCAAGCAGCAGUGUGGAGUAGGGCAGCAGUGUGGAGUAGUGGUUAGGGCUCUGGACUCUUGACCGGAGGGUCGUGGGUUCAAUCCCCAGUGGGGGACACUGCUGCUGUACCCUUGAGCAAGGUACUUUACCUAGAUUGCUCCUGUAAAAACCCAACUGUAUAAAUGGGUAAUUGUAUGUAAAAAUAAUGUGAUAUCUGUAUAAUGUGAAAUAAUGUAUAAUGUGAUAUCUUGUAACAAUUGUAAGUCGCCCUGGAUGAGGCGUCUGCUAAGAAAUAAAUAAUAAUAAUAAUAAUAAUAAAGGUGUACGGCAAGUGAUUCAAACCAGCAACGAGUACAAACUACCACUUUGCUUGGAUUCAUCGACUACGAAAAAAGCCUUUGACUCUGUUUACACGAGAUCUGUAUUAGGCUGUCUGAAAAAACAAGGAAUUGAGAAAACAUACAGAGACUUGAUCAGCACCAUAUACAAGAAUGCAACAUCCAUAGUAAGACUCCACAGGCAAUUGAAGUCAAUGGGAUCAAGCUUGAAGAAGUCAAUAACUACAUAUACUUGGGACAGUUAGGGUUCAGCACCGGAGAACCAAAUGUGCAAAAUCAACAGAAGAGCAAAAAAGUCAAUUAGGACUUAGACAUACAUGUGAUAACAGUGGAGAUACACUAUGUACAGGGUGCAGUAACUGCUGUGACAUUAUAAGGCCACUUUCAAAAGGAAAGUCAAUUCCCCAAAAGAUGUGAUAUAAAAAUGGCUGAGAAAGAAUACGUGGCAGGUUCUAUUCUGAAAACAUGUUACUUCAAUUUGCAAUUUCCUCACAAAACCCUCAAAUAAAAAACACGCAAUAAACAAUUUGAGAGUAUUUAAGCUAUGGUCCCCGAGGGGGGUAUAGGGUCUGACAGGCAGCAUAGAACUUUUGCAGAAGAUGGUUCUUGUCUUUUAUAUAUUUCUUCAUAAUUACCACCUUACUUGGUAAAUGUUGACAAUUACUGGUAAAACUUAAGAUUUACCAGAUUCUGACUUUUACCAUAACAGCUAUAUAUAUAUGCCUUCCUGACAUAUAAUCCAAACAAUGCUUUUAUAAUAAAAAGAGAAACUAAAACUUAAAGUCUAAAUUCUAUAAGUGUGUAAAUUGUCUGUACCAUUUUCAUUAUAAACAUCAAAGAAAGACUAAACAAGGCGUUUUCAGCAUGGUACAGAUUGUAACCAUAUACCCCAAAUAAAUCACACAUUUUUUGUGACAUUGACUUUAAAAUGAGGCUGUACAAAACAAUAUAGUUUGUAAGAGACACAUUUAGGUAUGAUUAGCAGUGACUCAUCACUCUGACAGUGGUGACACACAAGCAGAUAAUCUGUAUUUUAAAACUCAUGAAACCACAGACACCAACAUUAUCGGAAGAUAUCCUGGAAGUUCCUCUUUCAGACUUAUGACAUUCACCUUGUUUAUUUCACUGGAAUAAAGAAGUAUGAUUCAGAUUGAACUACUUUUAAUAGGAAUUCAGAUAGAAUGGAGAGUGCUCAAGCCAUUGGGCUUAUCUUGGAAAAUGCUUUAGUUCUGUCAGAGAGUACUGUAUGUCCCUGGAUCUGCAGAUUAUUUUGAUAAUAAAAUGAAGAAAGAGUGUAAUGGGUAUCUUAUGAGAAGGAGGAUUUGCAGAACCUAAUGAACAUUUGACCAGUAAGCAGACAGGUAAGGAAACAGCUAUGGCAAUUUCAUUAAUAUCAGACUGCCACCGUUUACUAGUAUAAGCUUGAUAUUCAGCAGGUUCUUUAUUUUUCAAGUCUUUCAAACUCUAAUGUGUAACAUGUGGAAAUAACUUCCUCUGUGAAACAGAUUGCUCCAUAGGUCAGCUUUAAUUUACAAAUGACUAACAAUAGGGCUUGGAAACGUUUACUUGUAAUUCUAGUUACUUUUUGAAAUUAUUUUCUUUAAAUUGUUAAAUACAUAAUUACUUGAAUCCAGACAAAAAAUGCAAGAUCACAGAUUUUUAAAAAAUGCAUCACAGUAUCUAAAACUGUUUAAUGAUUAACAUUUACAUUACCGUAGCUUGUCUCGUUCACUUUGUUUUUGCUGCAUUUUCGUCAUGUGAAAUUGGAGGAAACGCUGUGUAACUGCACAAUCAAGACAGACUGACAUGCGAGAAAAAAAAGGCUGUGAUGAAUAAUCAAAUAAAUUGUAACACUGAAGAGAUGGGCUUUGUAUCAGAAAACUGGUGACGGAGUCGGAAAUAGCAUGUGACGGGCUGUAUCCUUCCUGUGGUUUCCUCAAAUAAAAAGCAAACCCAAUCCCCAUCAGCUCUUAGGAAGACGACUAAACUGAAAACUUUAUCAGUUUGUCUCAGAAACAGACACCAUGCCACUAAGAAUAGCUGUGGCUCAGGCUUGGGCCGUUGCCUUGGAGCUGUACACCACAAACACCUUGCCUGGCUGGAGGAACAAAUUGUGUCUCUUUGUCAUUUGUUUCUUCUUGGGUCUGGUUUUUGGUGGCCUUCUCUUUUUGGGAUUGCAUCUGUCAGUAGGGUACACUUCUCUUGUGUCCUUAUACAUUACGUCUGCCAUGAUAGUAUUAGUGACUGCCAUUUUGUUUUUUUUUAAACAAGCAAGGUGUUUCAGUAUGCUUUUCCUUGUUUCCUGUGGAAUGCAGCAAGGUAGAAAUAUCCUCAUCACAGCUGGGACAGGCGUAGUGAUUGUUUCGAAUGUCAGAAACACCUUCAACAACCUUCAUGGCCUUGCCAAGAGUAUGAUAUGCAACCUGGAAGCAAAGAAAUUAUCCAUCGAUACUACUCCUGUUGGCAAAUAUAUUGGAGUGAUUAAAUGGAUUUACGAUCAAACAAAAGUGUUUAGUAAUCUGUUGGACCUUGUUACGUUUACACCCGAGUUUCAUAUCGAACAUACAAUUUCUACACACGACUUGAAAGAAAAACUACAAAAUGCUGAGCAGCAGGUGAAAGAGGUUUCCGAAAAUGUAUCUAAAAUCAUGGACACGAUGUCCUCCAUUGGUCAAAAAGUUCUACCAGCGCUGGGUGUUUUUUUAGUUCUGAUCAGCACAGUGUUUUACAUCCGAAAAUACUACUUCAAUAAGAAGUUUGAGAACACAUUCAUCACACCGCGGUUCAUCCGGUUUGAUAAGAAACAAAAGGCAGAUGGAAAGCCCCACAUCCUUCCACUCACCAAGAAGGAGAGAAAAAAGUAUGUCACCAUCCCCUCGCCCCGCUUAUCGGGCAAGGAACGGAAGCGCAUGGGGGUGUUUCUCAUUCCUGUUCUAACUCACACCUCUGUCUGGGCUUUUUUCAUGGGGGUUGAUGCUCUUCUCUACUGGCUGAUUUUAACAAUAAGCAAACACCUCGAGGGCGUGCCUCCAAUUAUGGUUGCUUUGAGGAUGACAAUGGAUAAGGAAAACCGAGUAUUUGGUAUCAUUCCUGAAACAUCCAGUUCUGAGAGUCAGGAUUUUUCAUACAAUGUGACUUUGUUUGAAAAGAAAUGUAUCCCAAAACCAACGCUUUUAAUCCAGAACUCAUCAAUCCCACUCGUUGCAAUAAUUCUCAUUUUAAUGCUGCUUGGGUUGAUGUCUGCCAAAUUAACGGAGCUGAAACUACUGGUUGUAUCAUCAUUUUACCCUGACAAUGAAGAUGAGCGCAUUGAAUACUUGCAUACCAAAAUACUCAAGAAGAGAUCCAAAAAGAGGCUGAAACCUCUUAAAAGCACAUUGAUUGUUUUUGCCAAAAAGCUGGAUUUCUGGUUUCCUGUUUUCUCCUUUUUUCGGAAGCAGGAGGAUGACAGGAACACUUUGGAAUUAGACUGAUUUAAUUACACUUUUCAGCUUUCAUGAAAGAAAACAAGGCUUUUGAGGGUGCGAUUAUCUGAAGAGCACUACUGCAAUAAGACAGCUCCUUAGCAACAUAUUCAUAUUAUUAUUACAGGAAAGCUUGGCAUAGACAUAAACCAUCUAAUAUUUAUUUUAACAGUUUAGUUAUUUAAGUAAUACAUGUUUUAAGUUAAAAUACAGUAUGCAGAAGCAUGUAUGUCAAUAAUAUUUUGUAUACUGUAAGAAUGCUUUGUUAUUUCUAUAUGUUUGGCUUCUUCAGCUGUUUGUACAAAGCUGUAAAGAAAUGUUUAAGCAGUUAUUUUUGAAAAUGUAAUCAACAUGCGGGGGUGUUGCUGGUCACAGGCCUAUAUUAACUGCAUAAUCUGUCAGAUACUCAAUAGCAAAGUAUUACAGACCAAAAUACUGGUUCUGAAAUAUUGAAUUAAUGCAGGAAAAUCCACAUUUUAAAGUAAUUAUUCAAAAAUGUGUGCUUCUUAAAUUAAUAUUUAACCUUAAUAUUCUGUAAAUAUUAUUUUUAGCAAGUGCUUAAAUGUAUAUGGGCUAUAAUCUAAUAUAUGUGUGGCUUUAUAUGUGUUUAUAGCCACAGAAUUACAGCAGGCAGUCGGGAUGACACUGUCCAUGUAUGGUGUAUAACUGCAUGAACAGCUUUAAAAGUCCCGCCUGCAUACGAGUGAGGAGAGUGGGCCAUGCAUUCUAGGUUUUCAGCAGUGGAAUACAUCAAGAUGCGGUCAUCUUCCAGCCACUGUCAAACUGGAAGAAAGGCUGCCCGUUUGCUGUAGUGGUAUAUUGGAGUGGGAUAACAAGAUUCAGCAUCCCUCCCUGUAUUUCUUAAUGUUUGUUUUACUGAAAUUGUAUUUGAAAUAAAUUGUUAAACAUUU